GAUUCCUCAUACCUUGAGGACCUCUCCAAUGCCUCCAUUUUCUCCUCAUCUGUGGACUCCUUAUCAGACAUCGCGGACACACCUGACUUCCUACCAGCAGACAGCCUCAACCAGGUGCCCACCAUCUGGGAUGUGAGCACUGCUCCAGCCACCAACGACAAGCUAUUCCUGCCCAGUGUGCCUUUUUCUAGCCUCAAAGACCAUGUGACCUCCCUUCCCAGUACUCCGCUUCUUGUCAGCUACCAGUCAGGGAACCCUCCUGGGGAGGAUGAAGAAGCAGAGGAGGAGGAGGAAGAGGCUGCUGAGGAGCUGGGCCAUGCAGAGACCUACGCUGACUACAUUCCAUCCAAGUCCAAGAUCGGGAAGCAACACCCAGAUCGGGUGGUGGAGACAAGCACACUGUCCAGCGUCCCACCACCAGAUAUCACCUACACCCUGGCACUACCCACCUCAGAUAGCACAGCCCUGUCUGCCCUGCAGCUGGAGGCCAUCACCUAUGCCUGCCAGCAACACGAGGUCCUGCUGCCCAGCGGGCAGCGUGCAGGCUUCCUCAUUGGCGACGGGGCUGGUGUGGGCAAGGGUCGCACAGUGGCUGGCAUCAUUGUGGAGAACUACCUGCGUGGCAGGAAGAAGGCCCUGUGGUUCAGUGUCUCCAACGACCUCAAAUAUGAUGCAGAGCGUGACCUGCGUGACAUUGAAGCCCCAGGCAUUGCAGUGCAUGUGCUGAGCAAGAUCAAGUAUGGUGACAACACUACCUCAGAGGGCGUCCUCUUUGCCACCUACUCUGCCCUGAUCGGGGAGAGCCAAGCAGGCGGGCAGCACCGCACGCGCCUGCGGCAGAUUCUCCAGUGGUGUGGGGAGGCCUUCGAUGGCGUAAUCGUGUUUGACGAGUGCCACAAAGCCAAGAAUGCCAGCUCCACCAAGAUGGGCAAGGCUGUCCUGGACCUGCAGAACAAGCUGCCUCUGGCCAGGGUGGUCUAUGCCAGCGCAACAGGUGCUUCUGAGCCCCGGAACAUGAUCUAUAUGAGUCGCCUGGGCAUCUGGGGUGAGGGUACACCCUUCCGGACCUUUGAGGAGUUCCUGCAUGCCGUCGAGAAGAGGGGCGUGGGUGCCAUGGAGAUUGUGGCCAUGGAUAUGAAGGUCAGCGGUAUGUACAUAGCACGCCAGCUCAGCUUCUCUGGGGUCACCUUCCGCAUCGAGGAGAUCCCGCUGCCCCCCGCCUUCGAACACGUCUACAAUCGGGCAGCCCUACUGUGGGCAGAGGCUCUUGGGGUGUUCCAGCAGGCAGCUGACUGGAUCGGCUUGGAGUCACGCAAGUCCCUUUGGGGUCAGUUCUGGUCAGCACACCAGCGCUUCUUCAAGUACCUAUGCAUUGCUGCCAAGGUGCGCCGGCUGGUGGAGCUAGCUCGUGAGGAACUGGCCCAUGACAAGUGUGUAGUCAUCGGACUGCAGUCCACAGGAGAGGCGCGGACCCGAGAGGUGUUGGACGAGAAUGAGGGGCACCUCAACUGCUUUGUCUCAGCUGCUGAAGGCGUCUUCCUGUCCCUGAUCCAGAAGCAUUUUCCCUCCACCAGAAGGAAGCGGGACCGAGGAGGGGGCAGUAAGAGGAAACGGCGACCAAGGGGACGCGGGGCCAAGGUCUCCAAGUUGGCCUUGGAUGUGACGGGUGUGAUCCGCAUCAGUGAUGACAGCAGCACUGAGUCAGACCCCGGCCUGGAUAGCGACUUCAAUUCCUCCCCUGAGUCCCUAGUAGAUGACGACGUGGUCAUUGUGGAUGCCACUGGGCUCCCCAUGGAUGACCGAGGUCCCCUGUGCCCCCCACAUGGCCCUGGUGUCCUGGAGCGUGUGGAGCGGCUAAAGCAGGACCUGCUGGCCAAAGUGCGUGCUCUAGGCCGGGAACUGCCGGUCAACACCCUGGAUGAGCUCAUCGACCAACUCGGAGGCCCUGAGUGCGUGGCCGAGAUGACUGGCAGAAAAGGCCGUGUUGUAUCCAGGCCCGAUGGGACGGUGGCCUUUGAGUCACGAGCAGAACAAGGCUUAUCCAUCGACCACGUGAACCUCAGGGAGAAGCAGCGUUUCAUGAGUGGUGAGAAGCUCGUAGCCAUCAUCUCCGAGGCUUCCAGCUCCGGCGUCUCCCUCCAAGCUGACCGCCGGGUCAAGAACCAGCGGCGCCGUGUCCACAUGACACUUGAGCUUCCCUGGAGUGCCGACCGUGCCAUCCAGCAGUUUGGCCGCACCCACCGUUCCAACCAGGUCUCAGCACCCGAAUACGUCUUCCUCAUCUCAGAGCUGGCUGGGGAGCGCCGGUUUGCCUCCAUUGUUGCCAAGCGGCUAGAGAGCCUGGGGGCCCUGACCCAUGGAGACCGCCGUGCCACUGAGUCCCGGGACCUGAGCAAGUACAACUUUGAAAACAAGUAUGGCGCCCGGGCCCUCAGCUGCAUCCUUACCACCAUCCUGAGCCAGACAGACAACAAGGUGCCCCUGCCACAGGGCUACCCUGGAGGGGACGCCGCCUUCUUCAGGGACAUGAAGCAGGGCCUGCUGUCGGUUGGCAUCGGUGGACGUGAGUCUCGGUCAGGCUGCCUGGAUGUGGAGAAGGACUGUUCCAUCGCCAAGUUCCUGAACCGCAUCCUGGGGCUGGAAGUGCACAAACAGAAUGCACUGUUCCAGUACUUCUCUGACACCUUCGACCACCUCAUUGAGGCAGACAAGAAGGAAGGCAGAUACGAUAUGGGCAUCCUGGACCUGGCUCCUGGCAUCGAUGAGAUCUACGAGGAGAGCCAGCAAGUGUUCCUGGCCCCUGGGCACCCACAGGAUGGGCAGGUGGUCUUCUAUAAGAUCAGUGUGGACCGUGGCCUAAAGUGGGAAGAGGCUUUUGCCAAGUCGCUGGAGCUGACGGGUCCCUAUGAUGGCUUCUACCUCUCCUACAAGGUACGUGGCAACAAGCCUACUUGCCUCCUGGCGGAACAGAACCGAGGCAAGCAUUUCACUGUGUACAAGCCCAACAUAGGUCGGCAAAGCCAGCUGGAGACCUUGGACAGCCUGUGCCGCAAGUUCCACCGGGUCAACCCAGAGGCGGCCAGGGAGCACUGGGAAAGCAGCUACGCCUUCUCUCUGACGCACUGCAGCCACACCGCCUGGAACCAGCACUGCCGGUUGGUGCAGGAAGGCAAGGACUGCUCGCAAGGCCUGCGCCUAAGGCACCACUACAUGCUGUGCGGAGCGCUGCUUCGUGUGUGGGGCCGGAUAGCUGCUGUCAUGGCAGAUGUCAGCAGCAGUAGCUACCUACAGAUUGUGCGCCUCAAGACCAAGGACAAGAAGAAGCAAGUGGGCAUCAAGAUUCCCGAGGGCUGUGUGCGACGUGUGCUACAGGAGCUGCGGGUGAUGGAUGCGGAUGUCAAGCGCAGGAGCACACGUGAACCAGACCUCCCAGCCAGGCCGCCCACCCCACGGCUCACACUGCCCUGUGGCCCCUGUGAGGUGCUGGAUCUGACCUACAGCCCACCAGCUGAGGCCUUCCCGCCCCCCCAACCACCACGCUUCGCCUUCCCGCCUCCACCCCCAGACCCGGGCACACUGCUGCUGGGUGCACAGGGAGCCAUGGCUGACCCCGAAUCUCUGGCACACCAGGGCUGCGACAUCAACUUCAGGGAGGUGCUGGAGGACAUGCUGCGCUCACUCCAUGCUGGACCCACAGAGCCCCCUGGCCCUUUGGGUGCAGGGGCCGCAGGUGGCGGGGGCCCGGAGCGGCAGAGUGUCAUCCAGUUCAGUCCACCUUUCUCCAACUCCUAGGUAGACUGCCUGGUGUCCCCAAGACCACAACCGUCCCGCCAUCGUAGGCAGCCUCUGUGGAGGCCGCAACUACUGAGGGCACCGGAGCACAGUGCCUUCCCCGCUGGGCUACACCUGCGCCCACUGUGGGGGCCCACUCAGGAUGACCUGUGGGGAGAGGAGGCGGGGCCUCCAUGCCUCCCCUGCGCAGCCCGCGCCUGGAAGCCAAGAGAGGCUGGUGGUCCAGAGCUGCAAACUCAGGAAACCCGGUGCUCAGGCCCCACUGGGGGCUCUAAGGGGCAGACCCCAUUAAUAUAUGCAAUUCCCUCCCUAAAUUAUUGCCCUCCUGCCCUCCCAUAGUCCACGGUGGGCCGCCUUGAUUUCUACAUGUAUUUAUAAUGAGUUCUAAUGUAUAUAAUGUAAAAACGUUUUUUAAAAUAUAUGUGCCUUUUGCCUAUUUGCCACACUGUCUGCUCCUCGGGCCUGUGGGGACAGUGGAAGGGGGGAUCACAGGUGAUGGCUGCUACCUGCUGAGGGUGGACAGAGGUGACUGUGGGCCAGUCAAUGAACUUGUCCAGUGCUGCCAGCCUGUCCAGCGUCUGGCCCCGUGUGAACAAGGUGGGGCCCAGACUGGGGAAGGAUAUCCAGUCCAACUGCCUUAGGAUGGUGGAGGGGGUGUGGCUGGGAGGCUUAGCCUCUGUGCCUGAUUUCUCCUUGUGACACCCUGAGGGCACUGGCUUCUGCAAGAGGGACAGCCCAGGACCCAGGAGGCAGGUCUCAAGGACAGCCAAUGGAGCAGACAGGCCAUCUCUUGGCACCAUCUGGCCUCUGACCCAGAAGCUGGGUAUCUCUGCCGCCUGAGGCCUCUAAGCACAAAGCUUACAGCUGUCCAGAAAGGGGGACACAGGGACAGGAGCCAGGAGACCUCAUGAGGCAGCUGAGGCCAGCUGGAGUUGCUCCUGAGACCCAUAACCCCUGCCCUGCUGACCCCAGAGGGUCAGGGGCUUCAGCCCCUUUCAGUCUACACCACCUGCCUCUUUGUAGGCUCAGCUUCCCCAAGGUGAAGGCAAGGGACCAUACUCCACCCCAUCCUACACACACACCAAGGGACAAAUGUAACCCAAGAGCAGGCUUGUGUGAUCUGACUCAGAGCCCACGGCAGGUUAGGCUGGUGGGAUUGCUGCUUCCGAGAGAUGGAGAGGACACAGGCUAGGAUGAGCCGUUACUUAAAAGACUUACUCAGCUAGAAGUAGAUCCUG